AUGUCCUUUACCAUCCCCCGCAACGUACCGAACUUCCAGAACGCGUCGCGCCGUUUCGAGGAUAAUGUGUGGAACAAAUUCACAGGGAACGAGAACUCGCUGCCAAUGUAUAAGGACAAGCCUGCCAACUAUGGACAAAUGAAGGGGGGAGGUUCCAAGUUCGGGAAGAGGAUGGCUGCUGGAUUGAUAUUUGGUGUCCUGGUCUUGUUUUACUGGCUUGGUUGGUUGGGUAGCAGUAGUACUGUAACCAAAGUAGGCCCAGGGAAGGACAGUAGCAGCAGCACUUGGGCGAAUAUAAUGCCCGGAUCGACCAAAGGCAAGAAGGUCGAUUGGGAAAGGAGGAGGGAGAGUGUGAAAGACGCUUUCUUACUGAGCUGGAAAGCUUAUGAGGAGCAUGGUUGGGGAUAUGAUGAAUAUCAUCCCGUGUCCAAGAACGGACGAUACAUGGCACAACCUAACGGUUUGGGUUGGAUCAUUGUGGAUGCAUUGGAUACUAUGAUGUUGAUGAAUCUUACGAAAGAGUUGAAGCAUGCGAGGGAAUGGGUCUCCACCACUCUGGACUACAACAAGGAUCAGGAUGUCAACACCUUCGAAACCACUAUCAGGAUGUUAGGUGGAUUAUUGUCAGCACAUUAUUUGCAAGAAUUGCUUCCUGGGAUAAAACCCGAGAAUGCGAAUGAGGAGGAUGUUUUCCUAGAGAAAGCUACCGACCUUGCCGAUCGCUUGAUUGGGGCAUACGACUCUGGAUCCGGCGUUCCGUGGGCAAGUGUCAUUCUCAGUACCGGAAAGGGGGAGAAGUCUCAUGCUGAUGGCGGUGCUUCCUCCACCGCAGAAGCGACAACUCUGCAGCUGGAGAUGAAGUAUCUGGCAUAUCUCACCGGCGAAGAACACUACUGGGAGAAGGCAGAGAAGGUCAUGGAGGUGAUCGACAACAAUGGAGCCAAAGACGGGCUCGUGCCAAUUUUCAUCUAUGCCGACAAAGGUGACUUCCGCGGAAAUGAAAUCCGCCUCGGUAGUCGAGGAGAUUCCUACUACGAAUAUUUGAUCAAGCAAUACCUCCAGACUCAGGGACAAGAACCAGUUUAUCAGGAUAUGUGGGAGGAAUCCCUGGCAGGUGUUAAAAAACAUCUCAUCACGUACUCAAAGGAUAGCCACUUCACGGUUCUAGCCGAGCGACCCAACGGUCUGGAGGGCAAGCUACACCCCAAGAUGGACCAUCUCGUCUGCUUCUACCCGGGUACAAUUGCGCUUGGAGUAACGGGAGGUAAGACACUUGCCGAAGCCAAAGCUCUUCCCAACUGGGGAAAGAAGCAGGAAGAAGACAUGGAGCUCGCACGCGAACUCACAAAGACCUGCAUGGGCAUGUAUCGCGUCGCUGCCACAGGCCUUUCCCCCGAAAUCGCUCACUUCGAGAUCUACGAUCCGCCGAAGAUGAUGCGACAGGAGAUCCUUAAAUCAAAGAGCAAUCUCGAGCUAGAGGAAGAUGCGGACUGGAAGACAGAUUAUAUCAUCAAGUCGGCAGAUAGCCAUAACCUUCAACGCCCAGAGACCGUUGAGAGCUUGUUCUACAUGUGGAGAAUCACGGGCGAUGAAAUCUACAGGGAGUGGGGUUGGGAAAUGUUCGAGUCGUUCGUCAAGCACACCAUUGUCGAGAACGGUGGCGGCUUCACAUCUGUCAACGAUGUUAUGGUCGUGCCUCCGCCUUCUCGUGACAACAUGGAGAGCUUCUGGCUGGCUGAGACGCUCAAAUACUUCUACCUCCUCUUCGGCCCCAACGACAUCCUUCCCCUGGACCAAAUCGUCCUCAACACUGAAGCCCAUCCCUUCCCACGCUUCGACGCAAGCAAGAAGAGAUUCAAGACAGGCUGGAAGCGAAUUCCUCGUGAUGCACAGGGCAACCUGGUUCGAGAAAGAACCCCUUCCUCAAAAGAGCCGGCAAGCAGUGAGCGUGUAUGA